AUACAUCAUCUUCAUCUAUAUUUCCCUCAAUUUGACUUUCCCCUUUUCCAUCUUUCCAAGGAUUUCAUUUCAUUUCAAUUUUUUUAAAAGAAACAUGUCUUCAUCAAAGAUGAUUGUUUUGAAAAGCUCAGAUGGAGAAACAUUUGAGGUUGAAGAAGCUGUGGCCUUGGAAUCACAGACAAUAAAACAUAUGAUUGAGGAUGACUGUGCUGACACAAGCAUCCCUCUUCCUAACGUCACUAGCAAGAUCUUGUCCAAGGUUAUUGAGUACUGUAAGAAACAUGUUGAGUCUCCUAAGAAUGAUGAUACUAAUAAGUCUGCUGAAGAUGAUCUCAAAUCUUUUGAUACUGAGUUUGUUAAAGUUGAUCAAGGCACCCUUUUUGAUCUUAUCUUGGCUGCAAACUAUCUGAACAUCAAGAGCCUACUGGACCUGACCUGUCAAACGGUUGCAGACAUGAUCAAGGGCAAGACUCCUGAAGAGAUCCGUAAGACUUUCAAUAUCAAGAAUGAUUUCACCCCUGAGGAGGAAGAGGAAGUCCGCAGGGAGAAUGCAUGGGCAUUUGAGUAAAAUCCCAAAGGUCUAGACUGUCUAUAUCAAAAAGUAUCUUAUAACUUUAUGGGGUUUUCGUGCUUUUCUUAGAGAACCAACUUUGAACUUGUGGUGAAUGCUAUUUCUUAUGUUAUCUGAUUCUCGUCUUAUGUUGUUGGU